AGCAUCAAACGGCCGCCAAGAAAAAUUAAAACUACUAGUAAAAUCUGUUCCUCCUAUAGGCUUCUCCAUCUAUCUACUCCCAAUCUAGGGUUUCACCUCCGCCCCGUCGCUUCAAAUUUCCCUCUCUAUAAUCCCGGGUUUUGUAUGAAUCCAAUCUUCAUUUGGAGCUCCAUUGCCGGAUCGAGCUUCACCGCGCGUCACCAGCUUCGCCACCGGCAAUGUCGCCGCCCGAUAAUACUCCCUCCUCGUCCGAAUCGGACCCUUCAAAUGAUCUUCAGAUCGUGGCAAUGCAAGAUGCAUGUCCAGUAUCAAGUGAAAUAUCUGUUGUUAUCGAUUGCUUGAAGAGAAAGGUUUCCUUGGAACGUGAUUUGUAUAUAAAGAAAAGGAUUCAGGAAAAUACACAGAAGCUGGUUGAUGUAACAAAAGAGCUUUAUGAAUUGUCAACAGAAAGGAUAAAUCUUAAGAGUCAUGGUGUAGAUGGAAGCAUUGAUCUACUGUCAAAGAGGCAGAAGGAUGCUAUUGAUAUGCAAAAUGGCAUUGAUACUUGCAAUGGAGAUGAUGACAGCAGUAGCUCUAAGGAAGAUGGUUAUGCUUCUGCAAUUCUUUUAGGAUCUAGCAUUGCAGUAAAGAAUGCUGUUCGCCCAAUUAAAAUUCCAGAAGAGAAAAGACUACCUCCUUAUACUACUUGGAUAUUUUUGGAUAGAAACCAAAGGAUGACUGAAGAUCAGUCUGUAGUUGGUCGAAGACGAAUCUAUUAUGACGAGAAUGGUGGAGAAACUCUAAUUUGUAGUGACAGUGAUGAAGAAGUAAUUGACGAUGAUGAAGAAAAAAAGGACUUUGUAGAGUCUGAAGACUAUAUUUUGCGAAUGACUAUCAAAGAGGUUGGCUUGUCUGAUAUGGUGCUGGAUUUGCUGGCUCAGUGCUUUUCUAGAAAGCCCUGUGAAGUGAAGGCCAGAUAUGAAGAUCUUAUCAAGGAAGAAAAUGCUGUUUCUAAGAAUGAUAACGUUGAAGGCACUAUAAAUUUAUAUCUUGACAAAGAUCUUGAUGGAGCUAUGGAUUCAUUUGACAAUCUAUUUUGCCGUCGAUGCCUGGUCUUUGAUUGUAGAUUACAUGGAUGUUCACAGGAUCUUAUCUUUCCGGCUGAAAAACCACCUCCGUUGUUUGGAGCUGAUGCAGAAAAGGAACCUUGUGGCCCUAACUGUUAUCGUGGGGUCAUAAAACCAGAAGGUAACUCCAAAAUGACCCCUUUGCAUCUAUGUAGUCACGGAGAUAAGCCUGUCCCAUCAUCUGAUGCUGCUACUGUUCAGUUGCCCGUGAGGAAGCAUGUGGAGAAAAGAUCAAAAUCUUCCCCUAGUGAAAGUGCUUCAUCUACUGCCAAAAACACAUCUGAAAGUAGUGACUCAGAGACUAGGCCUAUAAGUGAUGUCACUUCUGUGCCCCGUUCUGCAUCACCAUGUAAAGGUAAAGAAAGUAAAGGUGGAAAUAAUAAAAGAAACAGUAAGCGUAUUGCAGAGAAAGUUAUUCUUGCCAUAAGAAAGAGGCAAAAGAAAUCAACAGCUUCUGAGUCUGAUGCUGUUGCAAGCGGAAGUUCAAAAAGUUUGAGCCAUCGUUCACUCAAAGACAAUGAAAACAUUAGUUCUUCCUCACAAAAAGAGCAAUCUAACAGUAGUAGAAAGUCUAGGAGGAAAGUAUCUCCACUUAUGGAUGCUAACAAAUCUUCCCAUUGUGAGGCACUUUUUUCUCCCCAAAAUGAUGUUGUAAGUGACCGACCAGUGACAAACAAUGAAAUUCAGAUGGCAGAUGAAUUUGUAAAUGAGAUUAUUUUGAAGAAAGAAGUAAAUGAAGAUAUAUCUUGGAGACCAAUUGAGAAGGCUCUCUUUGAAAAGGGACUGGAGAUGUUCGGUAGAAGCAGCUGUUUGAUUGCUCGCAAUCUCAUGAAUGGUCAGAAGACAUGCUUGGAGGUUUUCCAGUAUAUGAACCACUCUGAGAAUAAGCUAUCGACUGGAAUAGGUGAUGGAGUAGACUGCAUGCUUGAAGGUGGCUCCAAGGGCGAUGAAAUUGUGGGUAGUGAAGCACGAAGACGAUCAAGAUUUUUGCGUAGGAGAGGAAGAGUCCGUCGUUUAAAAUACACAUGGAAAUCAGCAGGAUACCAUGCAAUUAGGAAGCGAAUAUCUGAGAAGAAGGAUGAGCCUUGUCGGCAGUAUAAUCCUUGUGGUUGUCAAUCUCCCUGUGGAAAGGAGUGUCCUUGUAUUGUAAAUGGUACCUGCUGCGAAAAAUACUGUGGAUGUCCAAAGACUUGCAAGAAUCGAUUCAGAGGUUGUCACUGCGCCAAAAGUCAGUGUCGAAGCCGUCAAUGUCCUUGUUUUGCUGCAGGCAGGGAAUGCGAUCCUGAUGUUUGCCGAAAUUGCUGGAUUGGCUGUGGUGAUGGGUCUCUUGGGAUUCCUUUACAAAGGGGUGAUAAUUAUGAAUGUCGGAAUAUGAAGUUACUUCUCAAACAGCAGCAAAGGAUUCUUCUUGGAAGAUCUGAUGUAUCUGGUUGGGGAGCUUUCAUAAAGAAUAGCGUUAGCAAGCAUGAGUACCUUGGGGAGUACACUGGUGAAUUAAUUUCUCACCGGGAAGCUGAUAAGCGUGGAAAGAUAUAUGAUCGUGAAAAUUCUUCGUUCCUCUUCAAUCUAAAUAAUCAGUUUGUGCUUGAUGCUUUCCGAAAAGGUGACAAAUUGAAGUUUGCCAACCAUUCUCCCAAUCCUAAUUGUUAUGCAAAGGUCCUCAUGGUGGCCGGAGAUCAUAGGGUUGGUAUAUUUGCAAAUGAGCGAAUCUCUGCCGGAGAAGAACUGUUUUAUGAUUAUCGUUAUGAUCCAGAUAGAGCUCCUGCCUGGGCAAAGAAACCCGAGGCAUCGAGCUCCAAGAAAGACGACGCUGCACCUUCCAGCGGCCGUGCUAGGAAACAUACAUAAUUCAGCAUUCAAUUCAUUGAUUAAUGAUUGGUUUGUGAUUCUCAUCUCAUCAACUUGUUGCCGGAGACUAUUGGCAGCUUGUAGUUUAACCAUAAGGAUAUUUUUUGACUAAGCCCCUCAGUGCCGAGUGUAAUCACCAAGCGGGAAAAUAGAAUAUUCAGGUUCUUAGUUUAAAUCCAUUUUACUGGGUCUUCUUAUUAGAGCCUGCAGAAGUUGUAUUACAUUCUUUUGACCAAAUCAAAUCCAGAAUGGAAGCUCAUUUCUUAAAAGACAACAUGCAACUAUGAAAUUUUCUUUGGUUUA